AUGAGGAUAGCGGGGGAAAUAAAGAAAAAGAUUCGAAAUGGAAUUUACCCUUCAAAUCAAAUUUUCAAAAGGAAAACUAUUCAUUUCCCCCAUUCUAAAUACUCCCAUAUUCUCACACCACAAGAUCCAUAUUUUCUCUAUUCCAAGGGAGAUACAAAUAAUGAGGUUAGACGAAGGCUGAUUCUUGGAAUAAAGAUAAUGGGAAGGAGGCUAAGCCUAAGCCCAAUACUUCGAAGGGAGUUGGAGAAUCUCGACAAGGAUGCUGACAGUAGAAGGUCAGCUAUGAAAACGUUGAAAUCAUUUGUGAAAGACUUGGAUUCCAAAGCAAUACCUCUGUUUCUUGCUCAGGUUUCUGAAACCAAAGAAAAUGGGGCAUCUUCGGGCGAGUAUACAAUUUCACUUUAUGAAGUUCUUGCUCGUGUCCAUGGGCUCAAUAUAGUCCCUCAAAUAGAUAAUAUCAUGACUACCAUUAUCAAGACCCUGUCCUCGAGUGCAGGAUCUUUUGCUCUUCACCAGGCUUGCUCAAAGGUUGUUCCAGCUAUUGCAAGGUAUGCAAUGGACCCAACAACAGCAAAUGACAAGAAGAGAUAUAUUAUCCACUCCCUCUGUAAACCCCUAUCUAAUUCUCUUUUGGGUAGCCAAGAGAAUCUAUCUGCUGGAGCUGCUCUCUGCUUACAGGCACUUGUGGAAUCUGAUAAUUGGCGAUUUGCUUCAAAUGAGAUGGUGAAUGAGGUCUGUCAGAGAGUUACUGGGGCUUUGGAGAAACAUACACAGACCAAUUCACAUAUGGCCUUAGUUAUGGCUUUGGCUAAACACAAUAGCUUGACUGUUGAAGCUUAUUCAAGACUGUUGAUCAUGUCUGGAUUGCAAAUCCUUAAUUCUGGUUUUAUGGAGGCAAAUACUCAAAAACAGUUCUCAGCCAUUCAUAUGGUGAGUUAUCUGAUGAGAUGUUUGGACGCCAAGAGUAUAUUCUCUGAAUUGGAUUUGAUAAUUAAGGAGAUGGAGAAGUGCCAGUCUGAUCGAAUGCCCUUUAUAACUAGGGCUGCUUUUGAAGCACUGCAAACUGCAAAGAGAAUAUGUGUUGAGAAAGGUUCAAAACUUGAGAGGGAUGUGGGUUCAAUCACUGGCUCAAACUUUGGAAGGAGAGAGAACAUCAGGAGGAAUGUGGGUGGUUCUGGAGAACAAUCGCCUCUCACUGGAUCACCUGAGUCACAGACUGUUGAUUCUGCUUUUGGAUAUGAUUAUUUUAUGCAAUCACCCAUUUCAAUGAAUCAGGUCCCUCAACUCGGGUCCUAUGAUCGUAGGAGUGUGAACCGUAAACUUUGGCAAAGGCAUGAGAAUGGCGGCUUAGAUGUAUCUCUGAAAGAUGGAAUGUUUUCAGAAAUGACUCCAGGAAGUCACAUCAUAAUCUCUGGGCACGGUGAAUUUUCUGAUGAGUGUGGAGAUUUUUCUCAAAAUUUUGCAGGUUUCAUGCAAGGAAGUGUGGAAAAUGGAAUUGUCAGAAGCUCUAAUCCCAGUCCUCAUAAGACACGGUCUCACACUAAUAUCGAGGGUGUAAAGAUCUUCACUACUCCAAGAAAGCUCAUUCGUUCACUUCAGGAUCCAAAUGGUAUGAUCUCAGACUUCUCUGAGAGACAAACUAGAAGGUUCGAAAGUCCAUUCUCAAGUAAAUUUGAUAACUGUAACAUCGAAAGAGGUGAAAACUUCUCUUCCGGAGGGGAACAGAUUCAUGGUAAAUCAGAAUCAGUAUCCUCAUCAGGAGACGUGCUUCCUGAUACGGAUUCACCAGUGUCCCCAGAGGUAGUUUGUGGAAAUCAAACUGAAUCUCAGGGUGCCAAUAUUCAAAAAGGUCACAGAAAACUCGGUUGCGAAAUAGUGGGAUGUCUUCUUUUAGUCCUAUUUGUAAUAUUUUUAUUUUUGCUGGGGUUUGAUAAUCAGAACGAUAGCUAUGUUCUUGUUCCCACCUAA